AAUAGGCACUACUUUGCAUGAAGAAAAGAAUAGAUAUAAGAGUAGAAUUAGAAGGAAAUUAGAGACGCGUUAGAGAAUCUAACGCUAGUAUUAGAAGAAUUGUGCAAGAGGUGAACAGGACGUUGAAUUGAUAACAGCCAAGCUUAACUAUAAACAGCCGGUUUGUUUUAUGCCCAUUCAACUUGUUAAAGGCUUACCUCCCAUUGGGUGGAGAUUAAAACGUCAUUCAUUUUGCUUGAUAUUAUUGGCUAUGGAAAUCUAUGACGUAUGCCUCGACACCUCUCGGACAAUCCUCAAGUUACUUUUAGGAGCAGUAGCAGCCAGUCACCAAGAUAGUACAGACGCACAACCCGUGUCGCUCUGACUUGAGUUACUCAAAGACUUAGACUCUGAUCAAGACGCAAGAGUCUUAAUAACUUUGCUUAUAAUCUUAGUCGUGUGAUUGAGUAGUUAAGAAGUGCACUGUUGUUGAGCUGUAAAGACAAUUUAUAUUUUCUAAAUAAACUGCAACACGCCAGACUAACUUUGAUAACCCACUUGCACAAGGAAGUUGUGAGUGAUGAUUAUCGAGAAAUAAAAUCAUCGUCUCCGAUACCAAGCUACGCCCACCGACACAUAGUCGCCACAGAGGCUAGAGACAGUGUACAUACAAAUACAUGACAACACAGUGGUGUUCAGCUUAUUGGGAUUCUGAAGCCUAAACAACCUCCGAAGAGUAAGAAGAGUUUACAAACAUUAGAAACAAACAGCAGCAACGGAAACAACAGCAAUAACGCUUCCCCAGCCAACACAGUGAGUCAAGGUCAACCCCACAAGUGUGCACAAGUUCCGCACCGCGCAGCACCGCGCCACACCUCAUCACACUCCCGAGCCACUACUCACACGAUCAAACUCAAGAGUAACUCUCAAUUAAUACCACCAAACAACGAGACCAAUAUCUAAAUACUAAGAAGAGACUUAGAAGAGGAAACCGCAGCCAGAGACGAGAGCAGGAUCAGCGCCGCCCCAGCAGUCGCCGCACACAGCCAUCAGCCACAGCACACCGCCACCAGCAGCCGCCGCACACAGCCAUCAGCCACAGCACGCCGCCACCAGCAGCCGCCGCUCAAGAAGACAUUGCUACUCACUUGUCUAUACUUUGUUUGUGUAUGCCUGAGGAAUGACUGAGCACGAAGAAACAUUGAGUAUAACUGCCUUAUUGUAGAGCGUCUCCCAACAUUAUCACACGCACUAAUCAUCAUAGGACAAGGUAUGUAAAUUGUACACAUGUAUGCCACUACCUAGUCAAGUUUCAAGUCGAACUAGUCCUAUCUUUACUCGCAGUUUACGAGCUUUACGUGAAAGUAGAAACUCCACCAUGACAAACGCUAACGUAGUAAAACAUUCAAUCAUCACCACUGUUGCUGAUAUCCCCAAAUUCAGUGGAGACCCUGAUACUAUUGAUUUAAAUCAGUAUGUCAAAAGAAUAGAAACUUUGAUCAAAAACAAAGGUAUUGUUGAGGAUAACUUAAAAAUAGAAUGUUUCAAAGAACACAUUGACGCUGUUAAGGGCACAGCUCGUCACGUCAUAGUAUAUUCACAUUUAGACAACAUCAAAACAUUUGAUGAGUACAUCAAAGCUUUUAAAAAGCACUUCACAACAAAAAGCGAUAGAGAUCCAAUACGCGCCAUGGUCAAGUUUCUGAAAAUAGCUCCAGAACAAAACGAGACACAAACAGCAUUCAUUUCAAGGUUGGAUACACAAGCAAGAGACAUCAAAGCAAUCUUUGAAAACUCAGAUUGGUCUGUGAAAAAUGAACCCAAACAAAUUUCCUUGAAAAACAUGGCUCUCGUUAUGAUGCUAGCACAAAUUGUCAAAUCAAACAAGGUUGUAGUACAGGAAAGACUCUAUAAAGACAUCAAACCAAACAUACAGUUAGGUGAGGUAGAUUGCCUACUCAAAGGCUAUGCAGAAAUAGAUCCUACUUGCAGUACAUAUGUGUUAGCUGCUAGCUCAGACUCACGCACACCAACCACACAAAGGCAAGGACGAUCACAAUCUAGAACCAAAAUGUCAAAACCCUAUAAUGGUAGGAGUCCUUCUAGACAAAGACAAACAAUUGAAUGUUACAAUUGCCACAAAUUUGGACACUCUGCAAGGGACUGCUACGCUAAUAUCACCUGUUCCAACUGUCAGUAUAAAGGUCACAAAGAAUCAGUAUGUAGAAAUCCUCCUUGGUGUUCUUAUCAUCACAGAAUUGGGCACAGGACAGCAGACUGUCGUGCUAGAAGUCAGGAUUUUCGCAAUGGCCAAAAAGAGAAAAACAGUACAACUUAGUCACUUCAUCAGUAGCCAACAGAAGGUCAACUCGCCACAUUUCAUAUCAAAACCAGGAAAUAAAAGAAUCCAAAGCACAGCCAUGGUACUCCAACUUAGAUAAAUGCCAGGAAGUAAAGGAAGUUAUCUAUAUAAAUGACAACUCCGGAGGUCCGCUCAUAGCCGGACGAGUGUUUGAUGAACCCAGUCACAUGUUUCUAGACACAGGAGCACGUAAAAACUUAAUCAGUCUAGAUUUUCUAAGAAAAGCGAAACCUGGUUUGGUCAUUAUUGAGCCAACCACAUUCAACAUUCAUGGAGUUACCGGAAACAAACUCACACCUUUAGGAGAAACACAGAUAACUGUAACUUUUGGGAACUAUUACAUGUUUGAAUUAACAGCUGUUGUGGUAGAACAGCAAGCGUUCCCAGGAAACUUACUCAUUGGAUAUGACACAAUGCGAGAUGAAGACAUAACUAUCUUCCCUGCGAAGGAAGGAGUUAAAAUAUCUUACAAGUUUCUACCAUUCGUUAACACCCGCAGCCAAGAUGUCGUGGCACCAGUUAGUCAACAACCUAAGACAGAAGUAAACACAGUUCCCUCAGAUAAUAACGUGGCAGAGCGGUACUUAAACAAUUCAUCACCAGUACUUGACGAGAAUUGCAUUCCUACGGAACGUCAUGAAAAGACAAAUUCCCCACUGAUAACCCAAAAGAACAAACAACAUGCACCAACCGAAGCCUUGAAAAUUGUUUCAGGUUCUGUAACAGAGUGCACGCUGUUGCAGGCUCAGUCUAUUUGCAAGGUAAAGGUUAGUCUAAAAGGAAUAAGUGACCAUGUGACAGCGAUUGCCUUAAGCGAGUCGUCACGUAUUCGUGGAAUAAAUUUAGAAAGUGGUCUUUACCAUACAAACAGGGGUAAAUCUGAAGUAUUUGUCAUCAACACGCUUCACACAGACGUAACUAUUAAGAAAGGAACAGAGUUAGGACGUUUCCAAGUCAGUAAAGCUAUAGAAAUAAUCAAUAAUCAAGACCUUAGCUCUGAUAAAGAUGAACAAAUAGCACAAGUGUUUUCGCUACAAGAAUCCUCACAGAGUGAGAAAGAGAUAAAGAAACACCUCUCUCCCACUAGUCGUCCAGAUCUUGAGAAAGAACUAGUACACUUACUACACCUGCAUAAAGCAGCAGUUGCUUUGCCAGGAGAAGCCUUGGGUAAAACAACUCUAUUGCAGCACAAAAUCAAACUCCAGCCAGGAACACAGCCUAUUUACGUUCCCGCAUAUAGACUACCGCAUUCUAAACUUGCCACUGUUGAUAAAUUGAUUGAAGAUAUGUUGUCACAAGAUGUCAUAGAACCUAGUGACAGUGAGUGGAAUUUUCCACUAAUACUUGUGCCCAAACCGGACGGUACCAUGAGACCAGUGAUUGAUUACAGGGAACUCAACAAGAAAACAAUUCCAGACAGACUUCCGCUUCCAGUCAUUUCUGAUGUUCUUCGAAGUCUAGGCACUUCAAAUAAGUUAUUUAGCACAAUUGACAUAAAAUCUGCAUUUUGGCAAAUAGAGCUCGAUGAAGCUUCACGUCCAUUAACAGCAUUUUCUACACCAACAGGACAUUAUCAAUUUCGUAGAAUGCCAUUCGGAUUAUCGAACAGCCCACUUACUUACAUGAGAUUAAUGAACAAUGUCCUACAAGGUUUGAUUGGGAAGACUGCUAGUGUUUUCCUUGAUGACAUUUUAAUAGUUUCACAAACAGAAGAAGAACACUUCCACAAACUAAACCAAGUCUUCACCAGACUCGUAUCAGCAGGAUUAAAGAUCAAGUUGGAAAAAUGUCGCUUUCUACAAGAGGAAGUAACUUACUUAGGUCAUCAAAUAGACAGUCAAGGUCUGAGGACAGUACAGUCAAAGGUAGACGUCGUAAAACAAUUUCCUCAACCAACCUCAGUUGAAAAAGUAAGAAGUUUCUUAGGACUAACAGGAUAUUAUAGAAAAUUUAUCAAGAAUUACGCUGACAUAGCACAACCAUUGAAUUCACUCCUGAAAAAGAAUACUACAUUCUCUUGGGGUUCUUCCCAAACCAAAGCAUUUGAAACACUGAAAAACAAGCUCACAAGUUCGCCAGUAUUGAUUUUCCCAGAUUACACAAAAGAAUUCAUCUUGUGUACAGAUGCCUCUGACAUAGGGUUAGGAGGAAUACUAAUGCAGGAAAGAAAUGGUAAUCCACACCCAAUUGCAUAUGCUUCCAGACUUUGCACAGCUGCAGAAAAGAAUUAUAGCAUCACAGAACGCGAGACUUUAGCAGUGAUAUAUUGUCUAGAACACUUCAGAGAUAUCAUAUUGGGUUACAAGAUUAGAGUGUGGACAGACCACACCGCAAUUCAGAAUCUGUUUAAACACAAAAAUUUAAGAGGACGCUUAGCACGUUGGUUUGUGACACUGCAGAAUUAUGAAAUAAACUUUGAAUACAUACCAGGAAAGAAAAAUACAGCAGCCGAUACUCUAUCACGAAACAUAGUCUCACACGGAGAAGUAAAUAGUGUAGUAUGCAGUAUCCAAGAACUAACCACAUUAGACAAUGAACUUGUAUACUCAGAACAAAGAAAAGAUGACACUUUGAAGCAAAUAAUAGAGCACCUUGAAGGUAAUACAGACAGAGAAGCACAGACACUACCAAAGAAAUAUAAACUAUCGGAAUUCCAAUUACAUAAUGGAUUGCUAUACCGCAAUACCGAAAUAAAAUGCAAAGGAGUAUCACGUGGAAAAGUGAAACAGUUAGUUAUACCCAAAGAGUUGGUACCAAAUGUCUUGCACUUCAUUCAUGAUUGUGCAACUAGUUCUCACCCAGGAAAAGAAAAGGCUUAUAGACAAGCACAACUUAAAUACUAUUGGACAGACAUGAGAAAACAAAUCUACAAUCAUAUAGAUAAUUGUAACGUUUGCGCAGAAACAAAAGGACACACACGCACACCAGCACCAAUGUUGAAUUACCCAAUCCCUGAGAAACCGUGGGAUAGAAUUCACCUUGAUACCUUGGAGUUGCCUCUAUCUGAAAAUGGAUUUAAAUAUUUACUAGUAAUCAUCGAUUACUUCUCCAGAUUUUGCAUUUUACAGCCACUACAGAACAAGAAAGCAGAGACAAUCGCUACAACUAUAUUUGAAAAAGUAAUAUGUCCAUACACAACCCCAAAAACUAUCAUCACUGACAAUGGUCCUGAAUUUAAUAACGCUAUUCUAGCAGAAAUAUGUCGCAUUUUCAACAUAAAGAAAAUAAAUGUACACGCCUACAAACCGGAAAGUAACGGAGUUGUGGAAAGACUUAAUAGAAAAGUCAUCACUUGUCUGCGUACAUUGAUAAAUCCACACAGCAUUACAUGGGACACAUGGAUCCCGCACGUCACAUGUGCUUUGAACACACAAAUCAAUUCAGCCACAGGUGAAACUCCACAUUAUAUUCUUUUUGGAGAGGAUAAGAAUUUACCGUACUCACUUCUAGAGUCAGAACCGCUUCAUGUCUAUAACUAUGAUGAUUUCAUACUAACUAGAAUCAAUAAAUUCAAGGAAAUAUACCAACGUAUCAGAAAUCACAUGAAUCAAUACUCACAAGACUUAACAAAACAACAACAUAAAAGGGCACGAGAAAUAAAAAUACAGCCAGGAAAUAUAGUCAUGGUCAAACUACACACGCCAAUAGGACAUAGCAACAAACUUUCGCCCAAGUUCAAGGGUCCGUAUAAAGUCAUUGCACCAGAUAGUGGAAAUAAAUUCACAAUACGAAAUUUCGAAACUGGUGAUAUCAGUGUACGCCAUGCAGAUGAACUCAAACAGACAAACAUGAAUGAAUUUGGUGAAUAUGCAGUCAUAGAUAGUGAUGAAACAAAUAGCAUAGAAACAGACAAGACAGAAACAGACACAAACAAUGUAGAAACAGGAACAGAUAGUGCACAGACAGAAACAAGUCACCACGCAGCAGACGACGAAAGCCAUGAUUACAGGAAAAAAUUAAGAAGUCAUAGAAAACAAGUUUUGCCAUUAAUUUGCACCAAUGAACUCCCAUUAGAAUCUGAAUUUUAUGAGUAUGUUGAAGAAAUAUUAAAUGAGUUGAACAUAGAUUGUUGUUCUUUUUACAGGUAAAGAUGAAACAAGUGGCAUGCAUGUUCUCAGCUAUAGUAGUUCUAGCAACAGCCUGGGACCCUGUGAGGCCCGGAGCUUUAGUAAGGAAAAUCGGCGACAUGAUCAUUGUGAACCACUCAGUAAGAGUACUAUUGAAAUUUGACAAUAUAAAUGUUGUAAGAGAAAAUGUCAGACAUAUCAAUAAUGGGUUACAGAUGGUAAAAGACAAAUUGAUAAUCAGUGAGAUAUCCAAUGUGAGAUUAGAGAAGAAAUUAGAUGCUAUACAGACGAAGGUCACCAAAAUAGAAAAUAACUUCCUACAUAGCAAAAGCAAAAGAGGAGUAGGUAUCGCAAUAGCGAUCGGAUCGUUAGUAGGUCUUGGAGUAACAAAUAUUGGUUUGUAUGCAGAACUUCGCUCAAAUGUAAAUAAUCUACAAAACUCAGUGUCUAGAAUCGAUGUCUUACGAGAAGAAACAGAAGAUAUACAACUUACCAUAGAUGAGAUGAUUAAUAGCAUAGAAACCUUAAGUACAGAGAACUCUAAUUUGAAGGAAUCCCUGGAAAUUUUCAUGGUCUUGGAUCAGUUGCACAUUAAGAUAAAUGAACUAAAUGCUGAAAUGGAACAGUUAAUUCAAGACUUAGUUAUGGCUAAUGCUGGACAUGUUACAUACACAUUAUUUUCAAUAUCACAACUUCUAAACAUAACUCAACAAGCAAAAUAUGAGUGGAAUUUUCAACCUUUCUUUGAUUCAAAUAAUAUUGCUCUAUAUUAUCCCAUUCUUAAUUCAUUCAUAAAUGAUACUGGAGUACUCAUUGACAUACCAUUUUCAUCAGAAUUGAAAUAUCACAUGUAUAAUCUGAUUCCUUUCCCAAUGAAAUUUAAUAGUUCCAUUAUAACAGUUGAUACUGAUAUAACAUCUCCAACAAAUUACAUCCUAUCCAUAAAUGGUUUGAAAGAAAGUGUUAUAGUAAAUGAUGAUCUAUUGCACUGUAAGAAAACUAACGUAGACCUGUACAUUUGCUCAGCUACUUAUUUUACUUUCAAUGAAGCAUUGAGUCACUCAUGUGCCGCAUCCUUGGUGAAAAAUAUAUCCAUUGUACGUAAUUGUCAUUUUAAGGAAGAAACUCCCAUAACACGUCAUGAAACUAUCCAGGAAUCUCACUACUUAUAUUUUCCAAACAAGACAACUGUAUCAGUCAUAUGCCCAGGAUUUCAACCUCAGAUAGCAUCAAUAGAAGGCUUAUAUCGUGUACCAGAUCAAUGUGAACUUCAUAGCCCCACACUCACAACUGUAGCAAAUAGGAAAAAGACUAUUGUACUUAAUAGAGAAAAUGUUUUACAGGACAUUACUAUGAAAUUCCCAGACAGAGCUCCUCCUUUGAAAAUCAGAAAGAUUAACAAGAAAAGACUUGUAAAGCAAGUGUCAAAAACACACACAGGUACUAUGUGGUAUAUAAUAUCUGUACUUACAUUUGUCUUGAUAGUCACAUUGAGCACAAUAUCAAUGAUACUUAUGUACAAGAAACUCAAGAAUUCAUCCAUCGAAAUGAAACACAUUUCCGAGCCGUAACCCUGUAAUAGGUAUGUAAAGAACAGCAAGCAUGUAAUAUUGUAAAUAGAAUAGGUAUGUAAAGAACAGCAAGCAUGAAAUACUGUAAAUAGAAUUUAUUGCAUAACAAUUUUGUCGGGACGACAAACGGUAGCUGCCGAGCCCUGUAAUAGGCACUACUUUGCAUGAAGAAAAGAAUAGAUAUAAGAGUAGAAUUAGAAGGAAAUUAGAGACGCGUUAGAGAAUCUAACGCUAGUAUUAGAAGAAUUGUGCAAGAGGUGAACAGGACGUUGAAUUGAUAACAGCCAAGCUUAACUAUAAACAGCCGGUUUGUUUUAUGCCCAUUCAACUUGUUAAAGGCUUACCUCCCAUUGGGUGGAGAUUAAAACGUCAUUCAUUUUGCUUGAUAUUAUUGGCUAUGGAAAUCUAUGACGUAUGCCUCGACACCUCUCGGACAAUCCUCAAGUUACUUUUAGGAGCAGUAGCAGCCAGUCACCAAGAUAGUACAGACGCACAACCCGUGUCGCUCUGACUUGAGUUACUCAAAGACUUAGACUCUGAUCAAGACGCAAGAGUCUUAAUAACUUUGCUUAUAAUCUUAGUCGUGUGAUUGAGUAGUUAAGAAGUGCACUGUUGUUGAGCUGUAAAGACAAUUUAUAUUUUCUAAAUAAACUGCAACACGCCA